AUGCUGGUGCUGCUGGGCCUGGCCAUGGGUGCCCGGGGGGCAGGCGCCUUCCUGGUGCACCUGGCCAGCUCCUGCCCCUUGGCGGCCAACGGCUCCGUGCUGGAUUUCGACUUCGCCCUCGUCUUCAACAAGAACCCGCUGGUCUGCUACGACCCCGACGCCCGGCGCUUCGUCCCCUGCGACUGGGGGCUGCUCCGGCCCCACGCCACCCGCCUCGCCACCUUCCUCAACAAUGGCACCGACUGGGUGCAGCGCGCUGAAGCCCGGCGGCAGGCUUGCCGCGACCUGGCCACCCACUUCUGGGCCUCCACCGUGCUGCGGCGGACGCCACCCCAAGCCCGCAUCAUCCCCUCCAAGACGGGCAACGCCCGGGCGCCCGUCCUCCUCACCUGCCACGUCUGGGGCUUCUACCCCCCCGAGGUGACCGUCAUCUGGCUGCACAACGGGGACAUCGUGGGCCCCGGUGAGCACCCCCCCAUCUCCGCCAUCCCCAACGGCGACUGGACCUACCAGACGCAGGUGACCUUGAUGGUGGCCCCGACGGCCGGGGACACCUUCACCUGCUCGGUGCAACACGCCAGCCUGGACCAGCCCCUCCUGGAGGACUGGGGUCCCGGCUUGUCCCUGGGGUUGACGUUGAAGGUGGCCGCGGCCACUGUGGUGAUGGCGUUGGGGCUUGGCUUCUUCGUCACCGGUGUCUACCACUACCGGGCCAGGCCACCGGCACCGGGUUACACUCCCCUCCCCGGAGACAACUACCCCGCAGGCAGCAUCUGAGGACCCCCAGGACGGUGACCUCCGGGCCCCGAUGGCCCCCCUGCGUCCCCAUCACCCCGGGGGGAGACGCCGCGGUGCCGACAAUAAAGAUGCGCCGUGGUGA